AUGGAUUCGCGAAAGAGUCGAAAUCGUGAGCCGCCGUCACCUUGUUUUCAGUGCGGACCCAAUCACUGGUCUAGAGACUGCACAUUCGUGAAGAAGAGAUGCCACGAGUGGAGCCGCUCUGGACACAAGCGAGGAUUCUGCAAAAAUUUCCCGGAGAAGAAGAAGCGGAAUCCGCAACGGAAGUGGAAAUCUGCCGACAUCGUCACUAUCGCUUCGACUCAUGCUGACGUCGCUGUAAACCGCUUCUACCGUAGAGUAAAAAUUGAUGAGAAGACAGUACGCAUGCGUCUUGAUAGUGAAGCAGACGUAAUAUUGCUGGGCACAGCAGACUGGACCGCCAUAGGUCGACCGAAGCUGCAACCAUUCCGUCUGACACUGAAGUCUGAUCUGCGUAUCAGCUACAACGGACGGAUCAACGUUCGGGGAUGCUACGAAUGCAAGUUUGAUGGUCAUCGAGGAUAUGGUACUUGCCAAUGUAGCUGA